UCUUCGAUGCGUGACACCCUGACGCUCUCGGCAGUCCGCGUUGUGCGCUGAUUGUACGCCCCCGUGCUGGCUCGGUAUAGCUUUACUGAGAUGGGCACAAGGAUCGACCAGUAAAGGAAACAUGCCGACUGUGUUCGGAAACAAGGGGAAACUUGCAAACGUUUGCUGUAUGCUUCGACACACAUUUCAGACCACAGGAAGUGAACCCAGCUGUGGUGCUCAAGACCUUCUAGGGGACAUGACCCAUUCCUGGCCUUCCCAGCAGCCCCCUGGGGGAGGCGGGGCUGAGCGUUUCCUGCACACCUCCAAGGAGGCGAAGCAGUGUGGCGCACAGCACAAGCAGGUUCGGGGUAACCCUCCCGCGAGGAUGACACACCCACAUGUGGCCCCACACAAGUGCAUGCUAGCUGACGACCUGAAACUCAGCAGUGAUGAGGAUGACGAUGACAAGGGCCACCAGCAGACAACAUCCUGGACUGAUAAUAGCCGGUUGUCCGGACAGCCGCAGCAGCAGCAGCAGCAGCAGCACACACACACACACUCACGCGCACACACACACACACAUGGCGGGAGGGUGAGACAUUCCAGCCCAGGCUCGUCCGGCUCCGAUUCCUCCAGCGAGUCGGACGACAGCACCAGCGGAGGCGGCAGCCAGCGCUCACGCAGCCCCAGCCCAGAGAUUCUCUCCCAGCCUGGGACACCCAGCGCCAGCAGGCCCCUCGCCUACGCCAAGGAGACGGCCAACCCGUCCGAUACCCAGUGGCAUCUGGACAAGUGGCUGGAGAAGGUCCAGCGGAAGCGAGACUCCACAGAACGCGACCCGGGCAGGAGAGGAGCCGCCGCCACAGGUCGCCACAGAUCCCCCGUGUCGGACUCCGAGCGCGGGCCUUCCCCGGCCAGAUCGUGGGGACAAGACUACAGCCCAGGCCAGAGCCCCGCUCCCAGCCCCAAGUUCGACUACAGCCCCAGGCACAGCCCUCAGGCCAGCCCAGUCUACAGCCCGUGCCCUAGUCCAGGUCGCCACAGCCCGCCUGCUCCCCCCAGCCCUGUGCCCAGCGAGUGUCUAAGCCCCAGUCCCAUUCGCACGCACGUCCCUCUCAGGAGCCCCAGUCCGACUCUCCCCCCUGCCUGUCCACUGACCUCGGGGCCUGGGCAGUAUCCUCCCCAGCCUCCCACCCAGGCCCACCAGCAGGAGCUCCAGAUUCACAGGCCCCCUGUUCAAACCUCCAGCCCUGUUCACAAGCCCAGGAUCCGGCCCUGGGUUCCCCCCCUGCAGCAGCAGCAACAUCAUCCACCAGCUGAUCCCACCAGUAACAGGUCCCGGAUCAGCCCCAGCAACCAGCUGCAUUCUCAUCAGGGCUCCACCGACACCAGCACCUCCACAACCACCAUCACAUCCAUUGCCACCAAAGCCUCGCAUAAGCACUUUGCGAAGGCUAAGGACCAGGGUGCGGAAGUCGGGACGAACCGUAGGCCCAGCCCUGCUCCACACAGCAGCAGCUGCAGCCCCAGGAUUCAGGGUCCUCAGGCCGGCAUCAGAGCCAGUCCUGGGGAGAAGGUCAGAGCCAAGCAUUCAACCUCGACGGAGAGGGGUCACAGACAGAGCGAUCACAAAGCACCCAGCGACAGGAGCCAUAACAGUCACAGGUCUGGUGAUCCUGUCUACCAGAAAGUCAGUGAAAAUAGCCACAAAACUGCCAGUGAGCAUAGCCACAAAGCUAAUGCUAGCGAGCUAAGUCAGAAAUUGAGUGAACAUAGCCAGAAGUUUAGCGACCAUAGCCAAAGAUUUAGCGACCAUAGCCAAAAAUUUAGCGAGCAAACCCACAAGUCUAGCGAUCGCAUUCAGAAAUCCAGCAACCCUACCCACAAGCCCAACGACCACAAUCAUAGACCCAACGACCACAACCACAAAACCAGCGAUCGUAAUCAUAAGCUCGGCGAUCCCAAGUUAAGCCACAGCUACAGGACCGAACACAACCCCAAACACCCGUCCCACCCUCGCUCUGUACCGGGGUCAAGCCGCAGCCCCACCGCUAAAUCCAAGCACUCGUCAUCGUCCUCUGCGGAGCGCAGCAUCAAGACCCACACUAGUGGUAGGACCGGUUCCGGCUCCAGGCCUGCACCUGAGCCUGCUUCCUCUGCCCACCGCUUGGCACCCAAGCAUUGCCCAAGCCCCAGCGUCAAGCCAGAGGCCAAGGGCAGGGAGGUGCCGGUGCCUCUUAAAGCGGCCAGUACUAGAGGCGCAGGGAGGGAGGCCAGGCACAGGGACAGGGAGCAGGAGGUGGCCAGGCGUGGAGAGGCUCGUCCAGGGCACCACCAGCCCCACCAGCAGCAGCAGCAGCAGGAGGCUGUGAAGGGACGGAGGAGGCUGGCGGAGGAGCAGCUAUUGAGACGCCGCUGGGUCCAGAGCUCGGAGGAGGAGGAGGAGGAGGAGGAGGAGGAGGAAGGAGGGGAGCGGGAGAGGAAGAGGAGGAGGAGGAGAGGAGAAGGAGGAGGGGAGCACAACGGCGAAUGGCUGGCCGUGCAGCCCAAGCAGAGACCGCACACCAAUAGUGCCCACCGACGACACCCCAAUCACCAACACCCGCCGCCCAAUCAGGACGAAGGCUUCGCUGAGGAGCCGGACCAGAGGAAGAAGACGAAGAGGAGGAGGGAGAGUGAGGAAGAGUCCCAAACGCACCAACAGGACGCCGUCGGACGCUGCUCUCCUCCACCGCCGCACUCGCCCACUCCCGUCAUCCUGUCCUCAGCAUCUUCUUCGUCCUCCUCAUCCUCCUCUUCCUCCUCCACGUCCUCUUCUUCGGACUCGGAAGCCGAGCUCGCUGCUCCGCCAGUCGGGAACGUCACCAAGGUCCGCGCGGACUCUACGUCGCGGCAACGUGCCGCGGCCAAAAGGGGGCGCCACCGGGGGGCAGGCCGAACCUCAGGCGAGCAGCAGCCUGCCGUGGUCCACCCCGGCAGGCCGAGCGCCGACGUCCCGGCCGAGGGGCCUCAGAGUCGAGGCCAGCAUAAACUCUACACCCUGGUUCCGUUCGGACGCACCGAGAAAAGCUCCUCGGUCUCCAGCCGCGGCCUGAAGAACCUUCUGGUGAGGAUCGACCUCUCGCUCCUCUCCAGGGUUCCGAGCACCACAGCAGCGACAGCAGCAGCGGUGGCGGUGGAGGACGCUCCACAGCGGAGAACCUCCUCAUCCUCAUCCUCAUCUUCCUCGUCUGCUAAAGCCAAAGACAAAGCUGCCAUGAGGCACCUGUACCACCCUGAGCAGGAGCCCGGAGACAGCAGGAGGAAGCGCAAGGCUGAAAAUGGAGUUGGCCACAGGGACAGCAAGAAGAGCCACUCACACAGUGACCCCCCCUCGGCCCCCCCUCCCAGCGCAGCCAGCCGAGACCACAUGGUCCCGUCGUACCACAGCUACAGAGCCAACGGGUACUCAGAGGAUUACCUGGACUCUCAGAAAAGGCCUCUCUCCCCCCUCUCCCCUCUUUCGGACACUCCAGAGCCAGCCAAGGCCUCCAUAAAAGCCCAGGACAGUGACCAGUACUACCCAGACAUGACAAGCCAUAAAGGCCAGAUGCACAGGACCCAGCCCAAGAUGGAGACGGAGUGUGUGGGAGUGUCUGGUCACCCUCAAGGCUCCUGUGAGACCUGGCCCUCUGGGGUCAACCCAGCCCUCCGCCACAGAGGAACUGUGCCCUAUACUGAUGUCUCUCAGCAUGCUGAAUACUACAUGCAUGAGGCCAAGAGGAUGAAGCACAGAGCUGAUGCCAUGGUGGAAAAGCUGGGCAAGGCAGUGAACUAUGUGGACGCUGCGCUGUCUUUCAUGGAGUGUGGCAAAGCCAUGGAGGAAGGACCACUAGAGUCCAAGUCUCCUUAUGCCAUGUACGCUGAGACAGUGGAUCUCAUACGGUAUGCCAUGAGGUUGAAGAACCACUCUGGCCCAGGUGCAACUCAGGAGGACAAGCAGCUGGCUGUACUUUGUUUCCGUUGCCUUGCUCUCCUGUACUGGCAGAUGUUCAGACUAAAGAAGGACCACGCCCUGAAAUACUCUAAAGCUUUGCUCGACUACUUCAAGAGUUCUCCCAAGGUCCCUCACAACCCAUCCGCAGGAAGCGAUUCUGUAAAGGGCUCUAUGCUUCCCUCCCCAACUCGAGCCCCUCUGGGAAGCCAUGCUGGCAGCUCCACCUCCCCGUUCGUCACCAUUCCCCAGCGCAUCCACCAGAUGGCAGCAAACCAUCUCAACAUCACCAACAGUGUGCUGUACAGCUACGAGUACUGGGAAGUGGCCGACAGCCUGGCCAAGGAAAACAAGGAGUUCUUCAACUACCUGAACAAUCUCACUGGCCCCUUGACUCUUCACAGCAGUAUGGCCCACAUUGUUCAGUACACUCGCCAAGGACUACAGUGGAUACGCAUCAGUGCUAACCUGUCCUAGCAUCCCAUCCCCUCUCUCUCUCUUUCUCUCUCUCUCUCUCUCAGUCCAAGAAUUCUGCCUUGAGGAUGCCCAAGAACUAUGUCUUUAAUCCAAAUGAUACAUGCCAAAUGAUACAUCAGACACAGACAGGGAAGAGUCUUUGGAGUCUGUCCCACAGGCCAGCCUGAGACUGUGCUUCACAGCCAAAAACAUUUUUUUUUAAUUAUUAUCCUUCUCUCGUUCCAAAACAACGGUCUUUGCCUCUGUCUAAUCUGCACUUAUCACCAAAGGGCUCCUUGCAUCCUAUGAAGUCUAUGAGGCCAGUCCUUAAACCUCGUUGUUUCAAAGUCUGUAAUCUGUCAGAAUUUGGAGCCCAGGCCAGAGCUCCUUGCCAAAGCAUGUCCCUGUGUGGACUCCCUCUCUCUCUCGUCUCUCUCAUGCAUUUGCUCAAAAACGCCUAAAUCAGGAUCACACUGCUUAAGUCACACACUCCACUGCCCGCCCAG